GCGCGGCAUCGCAGCACAGGCCAUCGCGAAACCGAAACCGAAACCGAAACCCACCCGAUCGCAAGUCUGUUGUGCUUGUGCCUGCGCUGCGCGGCCUUGCUGUCCCGUCUCUCGCCCGCCCGACCGCUGUCUCGCUCGCCUCCCGUCUCGCUUCGUCUCCAUUUUCUCCCCACCCCACCACACCCGCGUCAACCAACCAAACCCUAGAAGGCUCUCGCCCUCGUCCCCAAUCCCUCGCCGCCCCGCGAUCCCCGCCGCCCGCAGGCCAAAACCCUACGCGUAUUGCUCGACGCCGGGUAAGCUCCUCGUCGCCCCGCCCCAUCAGCUCACUGUUUCUCCUGCCCUCUCUCUCUGAUCCCUCGCUGGUUCGAUUCGAUUUGGGCGUGGAGUUCGGUGGCCCCAUGGUUUGAUCCGCCGACGCGCGGGAAUGCCAACGCUCGCUGGAGAGUGUGUGGGAGACUGGGAGCCGCGCGCCCGUGGAAUUCAGACGGGGAACGGCCGCUGGGGCUCCACGGGAUCGCGUGAUUGCGGUGCGGGUGACCGUGGCGGGCGUACCAUGCGCGCCUGGGCAUGGAAGGACGCCACACGUCGAUAAUUUUCGGGGAUUGGGCACAGGUGAUGGCUCGCGGGGAUUUGCAGGGAGUCCUCUCGGUGUCAGGAUGCUGGUGAAGCUAUGGGUGAUUAUGCUGUAGAGUUUCGUGAAAAGAGAAUUUUUGGUUUCUUAUCUACUGGCUCAUGAAUUGAUGAUUAGGUUUUGGAAUUCAAGGGAUGAGAAAUGUAUAGACAGUGUAAUCACUUUGUCAGAAAUGCCUUCUGCAUCCAAGUCCAAGGCAAAAGAAAGAUCAGCUGCAAAAGUUGCAAAAGAGCAACCCAAGGUUGCUGCAAAGCCAAUGGGAAAUGCUACACUUGCAAGUUCUUAUAACAACCUGUCUGGAAAGUUCCAUGUUCUGGAACCAUCAAGCUCUUUGUUGGGUAGCCAAGGCAUCGAUAAAUUCAGGAAUACAGAUGAAAUAGAUGAGCAUUCUCGCAGCUCCCAUGGUACAGGGGAUUUCGAUUGUGCCUCCAACAAUGGUAGCUGUUCUGGUGACUCAGAGGAUACAAAGGAAAAAUCAACCAGCACUGCGUCCCGAGUAGACUCUGUUCCUGGAUGUGAUAUUGAUAAACGUGAGAAGAUUAGACAGAAAAAUGAGAAGAAGCAUCAAAGACAGAAGGAGAGGCGUGCCCAAGAGUUACACGAGCGUUGUAAGGGAUACAUUAUGUCCAGAAAGUUGGAAGCACUUGCGCAGAAGCUUGUUGCGAUGGGUUUCUCAGCAGAUCAAGCAACGAUGGCUCUUAUACAAAAUGAGGGUUGCGUUGAGGAGUCUGUUACCUGGCUCUGCAACUUUGAUGCCAGUGAGGAAGCUAAACAACAACUUGUAGCUGAUCAACAGUCUGGAGUUAACUUGAAGAUUGAUAUAGCUGAUGAGCUUUCAAAGAUUGUGAGCUUGGAGGCAAAAUAUAAGUGUACAAAGCAAGAAGUUGAAAGGGCAGUUGUUUCCUGUGAAGGUGAUCUAGAAAGGGCCGAGGAGGCCUUGAAGACACACAAGCAAGAAUCAACUGCAAUCCCACCAAAGCCUGAGGGGUCUGGCUAUUCAAGUGGCUUGCCUAAUAAGCCGCAAGUUGUACUUGCACAGAACCCUGCAAGGCCUCAAACAAAUGGAUUAUCAUCAGUAGGAUCUCAUCAGAUGAGAAGAGAGGAGAAGGACAUAAACUAUAAGCUUUUGAUGAAUGGUAGUGGUCCAAAGGAACCUGCAAUUAAAGGUUUUCAGCCACUGGCAACACCGAUUAAGCCAGAUUUGGUCCGUCAGCAAUUUGUUCAACCUGAGAAGAGACGUCUCAAUCCCAACUCGAAUCCAUCAGUUCCUUCUGUGGCAUCGUCUCCUUUGCCUGUUGCAGUGCCACAAGUGAAGCCAGACAUGCGGCAUGUGGCAGGGACCAAUGAGGUGAAAAGUUUGAUGCCCAAUGGAAGCUUGCGAGAGUCUGUGAUUGUAAUGCAGCGUCCUCAAUCUGCAGGUACCAAACAGAGCCUACCAUCCACUAGCCAUAGUAUGUUUGUGUCAGAACCAUCUGCAAGGGAUUGGUACUUAAAUGGCGUGUCAGGUGUGGAUAUGAUGUUGAAUGGGGGCUUAGGUCAUGGACUAAGGAAUAUGAGUUUGGACAGUGCUAGUUCUGCCAGGUCGUUUGGGCAUGCAAACCAUCAACAAAAUUUGGUUUCUAAUCCUAUAGAGCUGGCUGCCAAUGGUUGGGGUGGCACCUGGAGUUCUGGAGGUACAUCAUCUUCCCGUUCUGUGGUGUCAUCACUCGGGGCAUUUAGAGGGUGGAAUGCAUCCGAGUCCUCUGCAUUGCCUCAUUCUGAUUGGAGAACCAACGGGGCAGCACCUUAUGACUACACCUCAGUAGACUGGAGCGUCGACACAACACUAUUGAACCCAGCAGCAAAGAGCGAGCUGCUGUCGGACACAUGGUCAACCAUGUUCAUGGGUGGCAGAUCAACAAGGACACCUGGGAACCUCAGUGGUGCAGGCAUCGCUGGGUUGUAUGACAGUAACCGUCCAAUGGAUCCUGCUCCUUCGGCUCGUCCAUAUGAGUGGCCUACUUUCUGCAGGGGAGGAUCUUCCUAGUUUCCCCAACCCUGUAGGCAAGAGGCCAUUGAAUAAAAAAAGUAAAAGCUGUCAUUUGUUUCUUUUCUUGUUUUGGUCUCAGUUGCAGUUGGUUGAAAAAGUUUUACUUUGUCUAUCGAACCGAGCUUGUGUACCCUUGACUGUUGGCCGAGAUAAGUCAUCUUUCUGUGAAAUCGUUGUGCAUGAAAAAUGAAGGAAGAGAACUGAAUCUAUCUUGGCUGAAAUGCAGGUAAUUGUUUUUA